AUGUCGUUGUGCACAAUGAGGUAAGCUGCUAAAUGCUCUCUAGCUGCUUACAAGUGCUUCCCACUGCUUCCUGCUGGUCGCACAUCAGGAAAUCUGAGCUCAUCACAUUCCCUACCCACAGGCUCGCCGAAGAGCGGAAGCAGUGGAAGAAGAAUGGUAUUUACGUGAGUAGCUCUCGUAGCCUGUGAGGUACAUCCCCUUCUCUCGGACAGCCUACCAACUGGGCUGCACUCGAUGCACCAGGGAUUCUAUGCGCGACCGGUGAAGAAGGAGGAUGGGACCUUGAACUUGCUAGAAUGGGAUGUCGGCAUCCCCGGCAAACCAGACGUGAGUAAAUAGCUCGAAGAGGUAGAGAAACGUGACUGUACACAGAUCUGACGCCUGCCUGCCUUGGCGCUCUCAGACACCUUGGGCUGGAGGAAUGUAUACGCUCAAGAUGAUCUUCCCAGAGGAAUACCCUGCCAAGCCUCCCAAGUGUGAGCAGCGGCAAGCUGUACGAGCGGCAAAGUCUCUCUUAAUCCCGCUGACAAACCUCGCAAAUAUCCGAUUGCUGUCGCAGGCAAGUUCACUCCUCCUCUAUUCCACCCAAACGUGUUCCCGAGCGGUACAGUGUGCCUUUCCAUUCUGGACGAGGAGAAAGGCUGGAAAGCAUCUUUGAACCUGAAGCAGGUGAGUCGCGCGCAUCGUGCCCGCAUUAUGCUCUUAUGACGGACUCAUGACCAUCGCGACCGCUACUGCUUCAUCACACAGAUUCUCCAAGGUAUCCAAACUUUGUUGACCGAGCCAAACGCUGCCGAUCCCGCACAAUCGGAUGCUUUCCAGCUCUUCCAGAAGGACAAGGCUCAAUACGAGUGAGUGUCGGCUUUGCGGGCUCGCAUGCCGAAAAGUGGAGCCUGUCGCUGAGCCGGUGCUGCUUGUGCCCACGCUCAGGCGAAGGAUCAGGCAGCAAGCUCAUGAAAGGCGCGACACUACCUAA